AUCUCAUUUGUCUGUCCCGUGUCCAGUUCCCUUGCCUAUCAAAAAUCGUACUUCUUCUAAAGAUCAACGCGAUGCCUAACCAAAGCAACCACGAGGCAUCACACGAGGCACCCUUCGAAUACGAGAAGGAAAUCUACAACAAAGGCCUCCAAUUCGAGCGUCCAUCACUCACUUUUCAAUCAAAUAAGUGGGAGAGUCUAGCCAAAGACCGCCUUUCAGCUGAGUCGUGGGGCUAUGUUGGAGGAAGUGCCGGUACCGGUGAGACGGCAGCAAAGAAUCGGGCUGCAUUCCAGAAAUGGUCAAUCGUCCCAAGCCGCCUGGUAAAGGCAGAGUUUCCUGAUCUCAGCGUGAAGCUGUUUGGUGAGGAUUAUCCGUUUCCCAUCGCAGUUGCUCCAGUUGGAGUUCAGAGAAUCUUCAAUCCAGACGGCGAAGAAGCAAGCGCUGCUGCGGCGAAGGAGCAGCGAUUUCCCUAUGUCAUGUCAACCGCUUCCUCGACAAGCAUUGAAGACGUUGCGAAGGCCAACGGUACUGGAAAACGCUUCUUCCAACUCUAUUGGCCAAUGAACGAGUACAAUCAUAUUACGAAGAGCCUUCUCCAACGCGCGAAAAAGUCUGGAUUCACGGCCCUGUUUGUAACUCUGGACACGUACAUCCUUGGUUGGAGACCGAGCGACAUGGACAAUGGGUACAAUCCUUUUUUGCGUCCCGACAAGAUCGGUGUCGAAAUUGGCUUCACAGACCCAGUUUAUCGAGCCCAUUUCAAGGAGAAGCAUGGGAAGUCAAUCGAGGAAGACUUAAAGACGGCAGCCGGCGAAUGGGCUAGCACAGUGUUCCCUGGUCAUAGCCACUCUUGGGAAGACGUGAAGUUUUUGCAGGAGAAUUGGGACGGACCAAUCGUCCUGAAGGGGAUUCAAUCCGUCGCAGAUGCGAGAAAGGCUGCAGAGAUAGGUGUCCAAGGCAUCGUGGUCUCCAACCAUGGAGGUCGUCAGGUGGAUGGGGGUGUAGCUUCGUUGGAUAUGCUGCCAAAGAUAGUCGAUGCAGUGGGAGAUAAGUUAGAGGUGUUGUUCGACUCUGGUGUUCGAUGUGGUGCUGAUAUAGCCAAGGCCCUGGCUCUUGGAGCAAAGAUGGUGCUGAUAGGUCGGCCGUACGUGUACGGGCUUGCCUUGGGCGGGAAAGAGGGUGUCAACCACGUCCUUAGAACCUUGCUGGGGGAUCUCGAUUUGACGUUGCAUCUUUCUGGAAUUCCCUCUGUUAACCCGAAGGAAUUGAAUCGGGAUCGACUUGAGAAGGAUUAGUGUUGGGCGGAUCUAAUAGUAGUCCCCCUUUCUCAUGCCAGUACUGAAAAGAAGGGGACUACUAAUCGCACACUCCCCCUCUCAUUUGAUCUUCUUAUUAGUCGCGCCACCUAGACUAAAUCUAGUUCUAGACCACUGAGAUAAUAAUCCUUAAGCAUCUUGCAGC